AUGCCUGAAAAGACAAACAAUAUUCUCGAUUUGUCGUUGUUUUAUCUCACUAUAUAUCUUUCUUCAACAGGAGAGAAAUGCUGGACACCAAUGCUGUGUAACAAUAUACCUGUGUGGAAAGUAUUCCGGGAAUGCGGAAUGAAUGAAGAAUUGAGAAACAGAAAAAAAGCUUUGGAAGAGCAAAUUACCCUUCUAGAAGGAAAACUGAAAAUCAUUACAGCAAGGACAACACAAAACAACAUAAUACACACCUCUGCCACAGAUGUAGAAGAAACAACCAAGCCACAAGAAUUCGACAACGUGAAGACUUCAUCAGUUACUGUGAUUCCACAAACUACAUCUGAGCCAGCCGUCCAAACGAUUCCGUCUGGAUUUACUGAACAAGACAUUGUGCGCUAUGGCGGAAGAAUAUUUAUACCAUUAGCAUCUGAAGCGGUUGGUAAAGCAUCAGCGAUCGACAAAUGUCAACAAAUAAACGGAGAUCUGGCGAAUAUAUACAACCAAGAUCAUAUGGAAAAAAUAAUAACAUUCAUCCGUGACAACAAGAUGGACGGGGAGGAAAGGAAAUUUUUUCAUCUCGGCAUGAAAUACGACCCUGCGACUAAGAUUCUUCGUUUUCACAACGGAACUGUGAUAUCACAAAGUGAUUUCAAAUGGUAUGAUGGGUAUCCAGAAAAUAGGCAGGGUAAUGAUUGGACAAACAUGUUUAUCGAUAUCCGAUCUCACUACUUUUUCAAUCACCCAGAUACUGCAGGCUACGUUCUGUGUGAAAUUUAAACAUUUAACCAACUGUUAUAGCAAACUGUCGCAUAAAUAAUAAAAAACUUUUUUCGUGUAAUUAAUGAUAUCAAUAUAGAAAAAAAUAAAACGUGGCCGAGGUAACCAAUGCUAAGA